AUGGCUGGGCAGAACCAGCGCCUCAACGUCGUGCCGACGGUGACGAUGCUCGGCGCCAUGAAGGCCCGGCUCGUCGGCGCGACCCGCGGCCACGCGCUGCUGAAGAAGAAGUCCGACGCGCUGACGGUCCAGUUCCGCGCCAUCCUCAAGAAGAUCGUCGCCGCCAAGGAGUCCAUGGGCGAGACGAUGCGCGCCUCCUCCUUCUCCCUAGCCGAGGCCAAGUACGUCGCCGGCGACGGCGUCCGCCACGUCGUCCUCCAGUCCGUCCGCACCGCGUCCGUCCGCGUCCGGUCCCACCAGGAGAACGUGGCCGGGGUCAAGCUCCCCAAGUUCACCCACUUCGUCGACCCCGCCGCGGCCUCCGGGGGCCCCUCCAACGCGUCCCCGAGCCUCACGGGCCUGGCCCGCGGCGGGCAGCAGGUCGCCGCCUGCCGCGCCGCGCACGUCAAGGCCAUCGAGGUGCUCGUCGAGCUCGCCUCGCUGCAGACCUCCUUCCUCACGCUCGACGAGGCCAUCAAGACCACCAACCGCCGCGUCAACGCGCUCGAGAACGUCGUCAAGCCCAGGAUCGAGAACACCAUCACCUACAUCAAGGGGGAGCUUGACGAGCUCGAGCGCGAGGACUUCUUCAGGCUCAAGAAGAUCCAGGGCUACAAGAAGAGGGAGAUCGAGCGCCAGAUGGCCGCCGCCAAGCUGUUCGCGGAGGAACAGCUCGCCGAGGAUCUCGCGCUCAAGAGGGGCAUCUCCGUGGGGGCUGCGGCAAAUCUGCUGGUUGCUGGUGGGGAGAAGGACGACGACAUCAUCUUCUGA